GACAGCAGACUUCCGGUCCACCCCUUCCCGGCGUUCCGUACGCAGCCAGUGCUUCCGCGGGGGCAGCCGGGAGUCGUAGUCCGGCACGUGGGGGCCGCCGGGAGCUGUAGUCCGUUCCGCCUGCCCAGUCAGUGCUGAGUUGCCCGCCCCGAACUCGGCGCCCGGAGCCACCGCCCAGGGGGAUGCGGGAGCCCCUGGCUCGGGGGAGCCGAGAGGCAGGCGGGGAGCCGAGGACGUUAUGUCCCAGGCCCCAGGAGCACGGCCGAGCCCACCCUGUGUGUACCACGAGCGGCAGCGCCUGGAGCUGUGUGCCGUCCACGCCCUCAACAACGUCCUGCAGCAGCAGCUCUUCAGCCAGGAGGCUGCCGAUGAGAUCUGCAAGAGGUUGGCACCAGACUCCCGGCUGAACCCCCAUCGCAGCCUCCUGGGCACCGGCAACUAUGACGUCAAUGUGAUUAUGGCUGCCCUUCAGGGGCUGGGCCUGGCCGCUGUGUGGUGGGACAGAAGGAGGCCCCUGUCCCAGCUGGCCCUGCCUCAGGUGCUGGGGCUGAUUCUGAACCUGCCCUCACCUGUGUCGCUUGGACUGCUGUCCCUGCCACUACGCCGGCGGCACUGGGUGGCCCUGCGCCAAGUGGACGGUGUCUACUACAACCUGGACUCCAAGCUUCGGGCACCUGAGGCCCUCGGGGACGAGGACGGUGUCAGGGCCUUCUUGGCAGCUGCACUGGCUCAGGGCCUGUGUGAGGUGCUGCUGGUGGUGACCAAAGAGGUGGAGGAAAAGGGCUGCUGGCUACAGACAGACUGACCCCACGGAGGAAGACCACAACCACCUCGGGGCUCAUCCGCUGCCUGCCUGGUGUGGUUCAUGUUGGCUGCCUGUGCCGGGGGAGGACCAGGACCCCGCUUCCUGGACCUCAUGGAGGCCAACCCUUUCCCUAUGCCCCUGCCUCCCAAUGCCGCUGCUGCCUCAAUAAACCUGCUGAUUUG